AUGCAAUACCGAUUCCUACUAUCAACGAUACUCCUCAUCUCCCUCCUAUCAUUCACAAUAGCUAAAAAGAACUUCUAUCAAAUUCUUGGUGUUGAUAAAUCUGCUUCCGAUAAAGAAAUCAAAUCUGCUUAUCGUCAAUUAACAUUGAAAUACCAUCCCGACAAGAAUCCCGGAGAUGAAGCGGCCCAUGAUAAAUUUAUAGAAAUUGGUGAAGCUUAUGAAGUAUUGAGUGAUGCCACUAAACGGAAAAAUUAUGAUACUUUUGGCGAUCCAAAUGGACAGCCUCAACAGCAUAAUUUUGAUUUCGGAGAUAUAUUUGGACAAUUCUUCGGUGGAGGAGGGCAUGGCCAUGGUGGUGCACGUGGUCAACCACAAGUGAAACGUGGCAAUGAUGCCAAUGUCGAUGUUCAUUUAUCAUUAAAAGAUUUCUAUCGUGGUAAGCUAGUGGCAUUCGAUGUUGUUAUGCAAAAUGAUUGUACCCAAUGUGAUGGAACGGGAUCCAAGGACAAACAACGCCAUACAUGUGAAAAAUGUCAAGGUACUGGUCAAAUUAUCGUUCAACAUCAAUUAGCGCCAGGUUUCUCGCAACAAAUCCGUAUGGCAUGUGAUGUAUGUGGCGGUACGGGUAAACUGGUUAAAAAUGCAUGUAAAUCAUGUAAUGGAGAGGGGGUAGUACGCGGUCAAAGACAUUAUGAUGUCCAUUUAGAACGAGGACAAGGUAGAGAUAGUUCAAUACGCUUGGAAGGAGAAGGGGAUAAGAGUCCACAUUGGGUACCAGGAGAUUUGAUUGUCAGGUUUAGGGAAAAGUUUAGCGAUAGUUGGGGAUAUAGAAGAAUCAGAGACAAUUUGUAUCGAACAGAGGUGUUGUCAUUACAAGAAGCAUUACAAGGAGGAUGGGAAAGACAUAUACCGUUUUUGGGUGAAAGUGAUGGUGAUGAUGUCGAUGAAGAGUAUAGAGAAGUUGUAUUAAAACGUGGUAAAGGUGAAAGUGUAAUGGAUGGACAAGUUGAAGUUGUGAAAGGAUAUGGUAUGCCAAUUGUCACUGAUCAUGAUGAAGAAGACAAAUUUGGUGAUUUGUUUAUUGAGUACAAGGUGGUGAUACCGGGUGGUAGCAAAGCUAAAGGAGAUAUAAAGAAAGAUGAAUUGUGA